UUUAUCCCCUCAUUUUCUUUGACAUUGCGUUUGGAUCUCGCGAUUCGAUACCAUGGCAGCACUUUUGCAUGGAGAAGAGAAAGAAGCGCCUCCGGAUGACAGCGUCGUCGUUACAGAAGCCGUUGAGAUGAAUGUUGUGACAAGCGCUCCGGGUACUGUCUUGGAUACAGUCAAUGCAAAGUAUACCGAAGAUGAAUACAGGCGUGUUCUCAAAAAGAUUGAUCGCAUUCUGCUGCCGCUCAUGUGGCUAUGCUACGGUACCCAACAGGCAGAUAAAACGGCUGUCUCUACGCAAGCAACGUUUGGAAUGAUAAGUGACAUCAGAUUGGUCGGUCAGCAAUUAUCGUGGUUGACGACCGCGUUCUAUAUUGCCUAUCUCGUAGGCGAACCUCCUGGCAACUACUUGAUGCAGCGAUUCAGCGUGAAUAAGAUACUAUUUAUCUGCAUGUUUUGUUGGGGCGUCGUUGUCCUCUGCAUCGCAUUUGUUCAAGAUUUUGCCCAAACUGUAGCACUGCGAUCCUUGCAAGGCCUUUUCGAAUGCACAAUUUCCCCUGCUUUUCUUCUCAUCACAGCUUCUUUCUACAUCAGCCAAGAGCAUACCAUGCGAUCCAUCAUUUGGACAACGGCCAACAGUGGCUUUGAUAUUAUAGCGCAGUUGGUCAUGUACGGAAUUGGAAACGCUGCCAAAAGACAUGGAAGCGCUUUUGGCUCAUGGCGAUGGAUCAGCAUUUUUCUGGGGUCAUGGACGAUACUCCUAUCGUUUGUAGCCCUGAUCUUUGUAGGAACACCUAACGAAGUUAGAUGGUUAUCCAAAAAGGAGAAACACAUCGUUGCUACCAGAGUUGCCAAUAACCAGACUGGAUCUGACGGUCACCAUUCAUGGUGUUGGGACCAAGUCCAAGACGCUUUCAAAGACCCUCAGACUUACUUCUUCUUUUUCACAGUUAUUGCUGCCGGGAUACCCUUUGGCGGAACGGCGGCAUUUGGCAAUCUCGUUUUUGUAUCGUUUGGGUUUACUAACUUGGAGACGAUAGUCAAAGGCAUCAUUCCAUUGGAUCUUUUAACUAUUGCGUGGUUGUUACUGGGCGGAUUCUGGUCGCUGAAGAAGCCUCAAACUAGAUUUUACCUCAUGAUAGCCUCAACUAUCCCGUCAUUUAUCGGCCUGUUGACUUUGGGACUCUUGCCCAAGGAAGGCUUAUUAUGGACUCGAUGGGGUCUCUAUCUGAUGAUGGCAACAGGGAGACUACCGGCGACGCUAAUCUGGACAUUGCUACCAUCCAAUGUUGCCGGGAGAACUAAAAAGUCCGUCACCAGCGCCAUUAUUUUCAUUGCAGUGUGCAUUGGCAAUGCUAUUGGGUCUCAGACGUUUCGCGCUGAAUGGGCACCCAGAUAUGUCCCUGCACUUGUCAUAUGUGGCAUCAUGUACGCAGCGCAGGGUAUUCUCUUUGUCCUGUGGCGAUUACACUAUGUAUCUCAGAACAGACGACGGGCUAAGAAGGUCGCGGAACUAGGAAUGACGCCAGAAGAAUCGGAGUACCAAGGUAAAAUUAACGGAGAGUCUGAUAUCACAGAUUGGCAGAACAUUCAUUUCAGAUAUAAUUUGUAGGAGACGUGUUAUUUAGAGGCAAGGAUUGCGUGAUCUGGUUAGAAUCUUGUCUCUCCUCAAGAACUAACAGACUACAACACCAACUCAUUCUACGGCUACGUUAUACCAAAUACAAUCCUCGUAUCUAGCGAGUAAGAUGUCACUCAAAACUUUUAUACUACAUGAACCUAGUCCCUAAUAGACUUUACAAAGGUUAGUAUGCAAUAAUUACAUCUAUUC